GAGAGGAGGCCUUGAAUGGACCAGAUGGGGAGAAGUGGAAGGCGAGUGAGGAUGAGGAGUUCGGGUCCCUAAUUGAGAACGAGACAUGGGACCUGUGGGACUUGCCUCCUGGAAAGAAGGCAAUCACUUCCAAGAUGAUCUACAGGCACAAGUAUAGACCUGAAGGGGAGAUGGACAUUGUGACUGCCUUUCUGAAUGGGAUCAUUCUGGCGGAGGCGGAUCAUUGGAAGGGCAUGAAGCUUGCUGGGAUGAGUGUGCAUUGAGUAUGCAUGCUUGAGAUAUUGG